UAAUUUUAUCGAUUAAUUCACAAAAAAUCAACAACACUAUCAAAGAAAACUUUUGCAACUGAAAUAAAUUAACGGGAUACGCAAGAAUUACAUAGGAUAAACGUCUACAUCAGCAAAUGGUUAUAAUAAUUUCCGUAAUUUGAUAUAAUCAAGAUUGUGAAAUAUCUGCAUAAUUGUGCAGAUUUAAUGGGAGGAGAAGAAAGUGAUGUAUAAGACCUUGAAAAUGGUUUCAGUGUCAGGCACAGCCACAUAUUAUUGGAAUGAUUCACGGUUUAUGGUCAGUGUAAAAGUCCAAAAUUUUCUGUAAUCGAGAGCUUGUAAAGUCUUAUAUGAUUGUGUUUGAUUUUUUAUGGGAAGAACUGUGCUCAAAACAUUUGAUUCUUUUCAAGGUGUAGCAUCACCUAACAAAUAUUAGGCUAGACAACAAUAAUAGUGAUGCCCUGCGAAUCUUGUCAUGUGCAAUUUACGGUGUUCCGCCGUAAACGCAUCUGCACGGAUUGCAAGCGUUUUUACUGCAGUAACUGCUUGUCAACUUCUAAACGUCCUACAAGCAAUAAUGUACAUAUUUCUUCGGGUGUACAAUUAUGCAGGCGUUGCGUGAUUUUCGCGAAGCGUCCUCUUCUCCGUACAGAUUUGCUAAAGUUAAAGCCGAAAGAUUUGAUUUUCUAUCUACAAUCCAAACAUGUUUCAACUACUGGUUGUGUUGAAAAAGAUGAGUUGGUGGGUUUGGUGCUAACGCAUGUACAACAAAUCGACGCAUCAGCUGGGGCAUCGGAUAAUGGUAGUGCGCGUAGCUGUGGUGACGCAUCAACAAAUUCGUUUGAUAAUAUAAAACAGACGUGCCAAAACUUUUUUACAAGUAUUACUGAAAACCUAAGUGAUUCUUUGAGUUCAUUUGACAAUAAAGGCUCACCGAAAACCAGUAACAACUCGCGAGAGCAACCACGCUCUGGAAGAAAUUCAACUGACAGUACAACGACGCAUAUUUUCGAUCAGCCAAGAGUUUCAACCAGAGUAAUACCCACAUAUGCGAGUUUUCAACAGCAAACAAAUGAUAACAACAGUAACGUGCAACAAUCAACUACAACGAUAACAACGGCAUUACUUUCUACACCGGUAUCUACAAAUUCAACAAAUGUAACCGCAACUUCACCAACAUUGGUGAGUAGUAGUACAUCAUCGGUUACUACUAAAGGAAGCAGCAGCUUAUCUUCAGUAAGUCCUGAAAUUAGUAUUAGUUCUAUUGAUCGUGCCGAGGGAAACGAAUGUUUGCAAGCCUCUACCUCAAACAGUCAACGUACUGGCUUGCAAAGGCAGGAAGCCGGUGAAGAAAAUUCAGAUUGCGAAUGUUCAGAUGAUGAAUUGAUUGCAACAUUUAAUGGUCGCUCUCUGGCGCGGAAAGACGAAGUGGAGCUAUCAAAUAAAGACACACUUAAACCCAUUGAUGCCGAGGAACGAAAUGGUACCAAAUCCAAAACCAGCACAGAUGCAAAUUGUGCUGAAAUGUCUUCGCAAUCAUCAUUCGAAGAGUUGGGUGCCAUCGGUGGAAUAUCAGAUGAGAGCAAAGCUACCACAGACACCAACAGCAGUAACAUAGAGCAAUGGCAAAUCUUAGAUAAUACCGUGCUUCCACCUUCCUCCGAAUGUCUUGUCGAAUGUAACUCACAACCGGCAUGCGAUACGGUUGCAACUCCAUCGAGCAGUAAAAAUACUAAUGAAAAUUCGGACACCAUGAAAGCGGAAUGUUCUAAUGAAUUACAAAUAGCAAUACCCUUCGCUCAGCAAAAUCAGGGCUCUUCACAUUUGCCAUUGCCGCCGCAACGUGUUAAGAAAGUAGUACGUCGCCGUUCGGAUAGCUAUCUAAAUAGGCAACGGCAGCGUCCAGCUAGUGAAGACGAUUCACCAACUGAAAACUUAGCACGCAAUGCGGAUAUGACUCUACAUGAGCAUGAUGUAGAAUUAGGUGAUAAUGCUGUUGAGACUGUUGGUGGCGAAAUCGGCGCUAUACCCACAAAACGAGGUGGCAGCUGCAAACGUUGUGGCAAACAUAAGGCGACAUUGCGUAAGCAAGUAGAAAAAAUGCGUCGACAUCUGGAAAGUGCUCAGCUUUCCGAGACAGAGAUUAAAAAAGAACUACAAGAUUUUCUCAGUUACCUUGAGCAGCGUACGAAGUCUAUCGAAUGCUCUGACACAGAAACGGUGGGUUCCUCGUUAAGUGGCAGGAAUUUGGUGCAAUCACCCGAAAACCGACAAGCAACGCACACGAAUUUCUGGGAAGACGCAAAUAUGCCACAUUGGGAAUAUCAACUCGACGAUAAUGAAGGUAUUCACGUGUAUGCGGGCUCCACAACGGAAGCGAAUGAUUAUAAUGGGCAGACGGCACGUUUCAUUAAUCUCGAUGACUUUGAAAGUGUCGAUGAUCUCGAAGCUCUAUCGGUAAAACAACUAAAAGAGAUUUUAAUGCUAAAUCGAGUUGAUUAUAAAGGUUGCUGCGAGAAGCAAGAAUUACUUGAACGUGUUCAACGUCUAUGGAAGAACUUCAAAUCGGCGCCAGCUGUAGAUAAACUGCCGACGGAUGAGCUCUGCAAAAUUUGCAUGGAUGCACCAAUAGAAUGUAUAAUACUAGAAUGUGGGCACAUGGCUACCUGCACCAAUUGCGGUAAAGUGCUCAGUGAAUGUCCUAUAUGUCGACAGUACAUUGUACGUGUAGUGCGUUUCUUCCGUGCAUAAGAAAAUAUCUAAAAACGUCGUCGAACGUAAUCUUUAAUUCUUUGCUAUAGCCACUAAUUUAUAUUACAGAGACGAAGUUUAGGCAAUUAAAUUGCAACCUAUAGUAUUUAUGUUGUUGUGUUAAAUUUACGAAAACUUAACGAAAUCAACGCAAAUUUAAAAAAUGCAAAACAUCUUAAAAUCACUGAAGUAAGAUUAUUUUCAUUCAAUGCGACGUUACAUAUUUUAAAAUCCACUAAUAUAUGCUUCAAUAACAAACACUAUUCCGAAGUCUUCUGAUUGUUGAGUUAGCUUAUAAGUAUAAAAUACUUUUUAUGUAAUCAUGUUUUUUUCUUCACUGUGUAUAUUUAGUUUUAAUUAUAUUUUUA